UUCUUAUACUUUUGGUCGCACUCUUGUGUCCAAUUUUCUUUUUGCCCAAGUUUUCAAGUUGUAUCAGGCGACUUUGUUUUCAACGGCACGCUCAUUUGUUGACCAUGUAAUUAAUUUUGCCAAUCCUGACGAAGACAAAAUUUAUGCAUUACGAGAGAAAUACCAGGAAUUGGUGCUUGAUGAAUUUACUACCGAACAUAUCAGCAAACUUAAUGAUUUCUUUGACUACGGUUACGAUAUUCAGGGUUGUCCUCCUCUUCGACUUAUUCUGCGCGUUCGAUAAUCUCAAUCCGGAACGUUUCAUAAUACCAUAUUUCAUAAUACCAUGCCCCCAAAACCCUUCAAAACACCAAGCCGCUUUUUAG